UGUUUGUAAGCGCGGGUAAAAAUCGAGAUAUUCUGAAGUUUUUAUAAUUACUUUUCAAGGUAUAUUUAAAUUGAAGCUUACUGGCCUUGUGGUAUAAUAAGCUAGCGUCUUGUUCUUAUUGUGUUGAAAAAAUAUUCAAAAUGAAUCGGAUAAUCAUCGCGUGCGCAGUUCUGUCAGUUGCUGCGGCAGCUGUUCUUCCUGAGGAUGCUCAAGCUCAAAUAGUGAACUAUGUGAAUAACAAUGACGGUACUGGCAAUUACAACUUCAGGUUCGAAACAUCCAAUGGCUUGAAACGCGAAGAAACGGGCUUUUUGAUCAACCAAGGACAAGAAGACGAAUUUAUUCGAGUUCAAGGAUCGUAUUCUUACAUAGAUACUGAGGGAAAAGUUGUCACUGUCAUUUACAGUGCUGACCAAGAUGGCUACCACAUUCAAGAAAAGGGAGCAAUCGACAUUGAUGUUGGUCUUAAGCCAGUACCAGUGAAUCUUCCAACCGGUGUAGUUGCUUCAUUGUUAGGAAAAUGAUAAGAAAAAAAUGUUCAUAGAUACUAAUUUAGCAAAUGCAAAUUGGCUGUAUCACUUACUUAUAUAAAGAAAUAAAG